UCUCAGUCAAAUGUAAGUUAUUUUUAAUACAGAGUUUUAUCAACACCGUCUUAGAGGUAGUUAAUUUACAGGCUCUGCGUCUUCAACAAUAAACAAUAUUUUCCUUGUGGACGGAAUUUAUUUCUAUAACUCUCUGAUUUUGGAUAUAAAAAAAUUUCCAGGAAGAGACGCUGAACCAGGAAUAGUGCCCUGGCGCACGGAGCGUCCCGCAGCACAACUCCACUUGAGUCGGUACCGCACCGCCAUCCUCGCGCUGGCCUGGCCGGGAUGGAGAAGGACGCCCCUGGAGCGGAGCCACCCCGUCAGCGGAACGGCUUCGUGGGCAUGCUUUACGGGGAGUUUACAGACACCCUCGACGACAAGGUCCGCUUCUCUGUCAGCCUGACGGAGAGCGCUCUGACCAUCCAGAGGAUCUCCUCAUCGCCCGACCGGACUAAGGUGGUCUUCAACUUGACGGACUGCGUCGGUUGCCGGGCGUACAGAGCAACGGACAGCGCGGACGUCGGCGCCUACUUCACCGCCUAUUUCUACCCCUUCAAACGGCGCUGGAUGAGCGCAGGAGUGGCCCGGCAGCGAGUGGAGCAGUGUUUUCGGGUGGCGCUGGUUCAGGACCCCCGGACUAACCUGCGGGAGGCUGAACGGUGGGCUUGUGCCAUCAGGGAUGCCUCUGCGCAGCAGGCGCGCCGGAAAGACGGUAUCACCAACUUGGAGAUACGGCGGCCUUGCAGAGUCAUGAUCCUGGUCAACCCUCUCAGUGGACGCGGCCAGGCUCUCCAGCUCUUCACCGGUCACCUGCAGGGCAUGCUCACUGAAGCCGACGUCCCCUACACGCUUGUCAUCACAGAGCACCAGAACCACGCACGGGAGCUGGUGAAGAAGGCGGACCUGUCACAGUGGGACGCUCUCGUUAUCAUGUCAGGAGAUGGGCUGCUCUUCGAGGUGAUAAACGGUCUGAUGGAGCGUGACGACUGGCAGGAGGCCAUCCAGACCCCUCUGGGCAUUCUUCCAGGUGGCUCCGGAAACGCCCUGGCUGCUUCUGUCCACCACUACUCUCAGUCACCCCCGGCAUGGAAUGAGGAACUUCUUCUGAGCUGUGGCUUUAUCCUGUGCAAGGGCCUGGUCGGUUCUUUGGACUUGGUGUCCAUCCACUUGGCUUCCAAACAGCGUGUCUUCUCCUUCCUGUCUCUGGCUUGGGGAUUUGUAGCUGACGUGGACAUCGAGAGCGAGAAGUACCGCCACGUCGGGGCCAUCCGCUUCCUGAUGGGUACUUUGGUGCGCUUGGCGUCUCUCCGAGUGUAUCAGGGUAGGUUAGCGUACCUGCCCGUGAAGGAGAAGCCCGACCUUUCGUCCACGCCUCAGCGACCCUCGCUGUGUUCCUCCCUCCCUUGCCAGCUCAUUCCCAAUUCCUCGCCAGCACACAAACCACGCCGCCAUUGCAACAACUCCAACACCAUCAGCAAUUCCUCCAUUCACGCCAAAACACCCGAAACUCCCAGUGACGGGAAAACCCGAGCACCAGUGGAUAAUCUGCUCCCGGGACUAGACCAGCCGGUCCCGGAGAGCUGGACUGUUGUCAAAGCGGACGACUUUGUCUUGGUGCUGGCAAUUUACCAAUCUCACCUGGCCGAGGACUUGUGGGCGGUCCCCGGCGCCACGGCGGACGACGGAAUCAUCCAUCUCUUUUACGUGACUGCGGGAAUCUCCCGCCCCGCCCUUUUGCGCCUCUUCCUCGCCAUGGAGAAGGGAGCGCAUUUAGCAUGCGGCUGCCCCCACCUGGUCUACGAGAAGGUGCUAGCGCUGCGCUUGGAGCCCAUUUCGAAGGAGGGGGUGAUCACAGUGGACGGCGAGACGAUGGAAUACGGGCCGGUUCAGGCUCAAAUCCACCCCGGACUGGCCAGACUCAUACAUGGAUGAAGGCAGAUUAUGUUAAUCUUCGAGUUGGAGAGCUUUCAAGUUUGGCCUUUUCACUCAGUGUUGAUCUCUUUGUAUACGCUGUGCUUUCGUAAGUGCCAAAGACAUUUAAUCAGCCUCGGAGUAUUCCUCUAUUUUUAUACUGAAGCAACUUAGCGUGUUUUUUUUUUUUUUUUUUAUCAUCCCUGCCCUUCUAUUCAGGGUCCAAAUUGCAAAUUGUUCUUCACUGCUGGCUGGUUCCAGCGGAACACACUUGAGAGAUUGUGUACACAUUUAACACAACGUAUGUGUGCAUGAGCACAUUGUUGGCGUGGCAGAGGAGUGCAUUGCGCACUCUGCUGUCAGACCUCAUCAGCGCCGCACAUAUGAAGACAAGCACAUUUUUUUUCCCCAUAUUCCCGGCGGAAUAGUCGAAGCCUCAGAGUAGGAGAAAUCCCUGAGAAGAUUUGAGCUAAUCUUUGUGUAUGGAAAAAAAAAGAUUGUUCGAGAAAGGCCAAUUUGGGUUGUUGCUCAUUUGAUGGGAUUGAUCAUCUUCUCUUAAAUUGGAAGAUUGUACUCUUGGUUCAUGAGCCUUCACCUCAUGUGUCCUUAUUAGCUUCAUUUCUGCAUAUAUAUUUUUUUUAAGUGACACUAAUUGGGUGCAUAAAAGAAGCACAGGGUCUGGUGUGUUCUUGCAAUCUGUUGGCUGGAGGGAGUUGGGAACUGUUUGGACUUUUUUUUUUUUUUUUGGCCGUGUUUGAUUCGCUUCGGGGCGGAGGAGACGCCAAAUGUUAACAGCAUUUUCAUUGGCUCAUCGACACUGGCCAUGCACAAAUCAUGUUUAUGAAUGGUUCCGCUGACUAUGUUGCACAGGUAUGCAUACAGCAGCUGAAUAUCAUCAUGCAGCUUCGAUAACCUUUAAGGCAAUUUCGUCUUUCCUGACAGCAGAUAAAAGGACAACAGAAUUAUGGCAAAGCUGAAAUGUCAAAUGUUAACAUUCAUGGUCCAGCUUCUCUGUGUCUUCUGAGGGAAUGACGAUCGAAAAAGUCUGCACACCCCUGUUUAAAAUGCUUUUUUUGUUUUACUAAUUUGAAGCUUUAACCUGUAAUUUUAAUUUUAUUUUUUAUAUUUCAUUUCAUUUUUUUAAUUAUGGGUCAUUAAUGGUGGGAAAUGGUGACAUUUGAACAGGGGUGUGCAGACUUUUUAGAAAUUGCGUGUUUACUUUUGACAGUAUUUCUAUUGAGGGCCCAAAAAAGCAUCUUCCUCUCACACAUAAAGCAAAACCACUUGCUGGAGAACUCUCAUGGUCACCCAAUAACCUCUCACAAUCACCUCUAAAAUGAUAUAUAUUUUACGUUUGGUAUCGUAGCAGGUUUAUGUUUUUGUGUGAGUGAGAAAUACUUUUGUAUAUGUGAGUUUUUUUAUGGUUUGAGUGAGGUUUUUUGUGCUGAAUGUGUGUUUUGUGUUUAAGCAUUUUAGGGAGUGAGUGUGAAUGUCAAUUUUGUUGAUUAAUUAAAUCAUUGAUUUAUUUUGCUGAAUUUGAGAGGGCUUGUUGGUGUGUAUGAGAGUUUUUGGGUUAGCGUUUCAUUAUUUAUUUGGUGAGUUUUGGGUGCGUGUGAGGUAAAUGUUAUUUUUGGCCUAUACAGCAUCUCACCUUGGAUUGCAAUGUACCUGAAGUAGACUUGACUAAAAAAAAAAAAUCUCAUUGCGGUACCCAAUUUUUUUCAAUUCUUGCAUUUAAAUUUGCUUCAUAAUGCUGCAAUAGGAACAAAAAUAUUGCAUCCUUGUUAUCAAGGCGCUGUAUGAAAACAUGUUACGCUAAUGGAUCGUCAUGGUUACACACUAUUGGAUGACUUACAGUAAAUAUUGCUAUCUGGACUUACCCUGAGCUUUUUCAGUUAUAUAAUGCACUCUCCUCAGACUGCCACGACAUUUAUCUCUUUUUUACUUAAAUCUUAAGGAUUAAAGCACACUUGUAUUAGAAUUUGAUGGGGGGUUAAAAAAAAAAAAGCCUCCGGCAUCUUAUUGUAACUUACUGCCAGAAAUAUUUACGCGAACCUUGCAUAGAAUAUGUAAACGAAUGCUCUUGGUAGGAUGUUGUUGCACUUGUGGUUCGCUAUAAUAAAUGAUUCCACUUGCUGCUGGAAUGCAGCAUCAGUCUGAACACAAUUAGAAUGGCUAGUGUCUUUGUCAUGAGAUUUUAUUCAUAAUUUAGGAGAUGUCUCACUGAGUUAUGUGCAGAAAUGAGGUCACUGAUGCAGUGAGGUUUGCUGUUAGAUUUUAAACCGACAUUUAAAAAAAAAAAAAACUAUUUUUGGAGCAGUAUAUGGUACUGCUGGACUUGAGCUCUCAUUUAUGAGACGUACAUACAAUCAGCCUGAAAUAUAAUUUACAGAUGCAGUAGGAAAUUCAGUCAUUGUUUUGUCUUUAAACAUGCUGGUAAAUGAAAUGUAAAUGCAGUAGAUCUGUAUACUGUUGUUCAGUAAUGCUUUAUGUUGAUAAGACAAUAAAUUUUGUAAUAU